GCCAAAGCUAUCAGUGCCAAUCUAGUUAUAAACAGUCCACCUUCACUUUCAGGCUCUCAACACGACGCGGCACAACCUUCAUUUCUGGUGCUUACGGUCCUUAAUUAACGUAUCAUCCCUGUCCUCAAACACGGUCAACAUCACGCAACAUGCUUACGCGUAGUAACUUCUCCGCAUGUAUAAUCUCUGACGGCAAACCAAUUCCAGAGUAUCUUGUCGCUGUUGCAGACAAUCCAAACACAAUCUCGUGUUGGAUCCCAAGUGAGGUGGGAAAGACUUUUUCGGUAUACUGGAGAGAUGAAGGAACAAAAGUGCAUUCAUGCGCGUUUAUUACGCUCGACGGAUUCGUAGUUCCCGGUCGGUUCUUGUUUGGCGAAGGGGAGGCCUGGAGGAAUGGCGUAAGAUCAGGUCCGCAGACAGAAAGGCCGUUCAUGUUUGCACAGAGGCCAAGCUCAGGUACAAGCGGGCAAAACAUGAAGGACGCUGGAUCCAUCAUGCUCAAGAUUAAACUUGUCACGCUGGAUGGGUCGAAGGCAGCAAAUCCACUGCAGAGUAUUCCAGAUUUGAACUCGCAAAGUCACCCAGGCGAUCAUUGUGUUGGGUACGCCCAGGAGACGAACACGUACACGCAAUCACCUAUGACGUGGAAGGUGAAGCCAUCCGACCAGCACGGUAUGAGGUCACACGUUACCUUUCUGUUCCGGUACAGGUCUCCCGAGUGGCUGAUGGCGCAAGGAAUAAUAUCUACUGAACUGCAUGUGCCAAAAAGUCUUCCUGCGAAACGACGGGUCGCCAGCGCACCCGUUGCGCAAUCGAUGAACGUGCCAAUAACCCCGAGCCCAAGUCCCCCUAACUCAAAAAAGGCUGAACGGUCUGAGCGACUCGGCAAGGUCGAGUCUGGCCUGCACCCGGUGCCAGGACCGUGA